AUGUCAAAUCAAUUUCCAACCGACAUCACCGGGUCAUCGUCAGACGAUGAUGACAUGGUUAUAGUUCACCAGUUCCAAAACAUUCUCAGUAUGUAUAGGAUGAGAGAACCUCUGAAUGAUAGUAGUUACAUAGGACCUGUUAGGGUAGCUGAGGUUCUUGCAGGUCAUGCUGACGUGUGUUACCAAGAGUUUAGACUCGAGAGACAUGUAUUUCUCAACCUGCGAGACCGAAUGGUACAUAGAGGCUGGCUAGCGGAUAGUCGUUUCAUUCGAGUAGAUGAGCAGCUAGCGAUGUUCCUCAUGAUAGUAGGUCAAGGUUUGAGUAAUAGACAAAUGCAAUGUCGAUUCAAUCGUUCAGGACAGACGAUUAGUGUUGUCUUCCACACGGUGCUGCAAGCAAUGCUAAAUUUGUCACUAGAGACGAUCAGGCCACCAAAUUUUUAUGUGGUACCUCCAGAGAUAACCAACAAUCCAAAGUACUAUCCAUAUUUCAAGGAUUGCAUUGGUGCUAUUGAUGGCACCCAUAUAAGUGCCAUCGUACGUAGGUCGGAAGAGACACGUUAUCGUAAUCGAAAGGGUAUGAUCACACAAAAUGUUAUGUGUGCAUGUUCAUUCGACAUGCGAUUCACAUUUGUGUAUGCGGGUUGGGAGGGUAGUGCACAUGAUGCAAGGGUAUUGGAAGCAGCAAGAACCAAUGAUAACUUAGGGUUUCCUCAUCCCCCAUCAGGCAAAUAUUAUAUUGUUGACUCGGGCUACGCCAGUCAACUGGGGUACUUGGUGCCAUUCCGAGGACAACGGUAUCACUUGCAAGAUUAUGGUGAAGGUAGGCCUGGACCGAGGACAGCUAAGGAAUUGUUCAAUCAUAGACAUUCGUCACUGCGGAAUGUUAUUGAGAGAACAUUCGGUGUAUUGAAAAAUAGAUUCCACAUAUUAAAAAGUAUGAAGGCGUACGAUAUUGAAGAUCAGUCAAGAAUCGUGGUCGCCUGUUGUGGGCUCCACAAUUACAUUAAGGAACAAGCUAUUCAAGAUCAGUUGUUCAAUGAGCUUGGAAGUGAACAACAAAUUGAUGACCCAAUGAAUCCUGAUACUCCUGCGUACCAUGCUUCCGCAUCUGAUGUCUCCCAGCGACUAUCUGCAAGACAAAUGUCUAUAGUGCGUCUUAAUAUAGCCAACCAACUGGCAAUUUCAAGGAGAAUGUCUACAAUUUUGUUAAAUCGAUCCUGA